ACCUCAGAAAAUACAAUAAAUGAGUUUAUUUAAAAGAAUUUAAGGUUUAUUAUCGAUAGCGUUACUCAAUUAAAGAAGAGAGAGAGAGAGAGAGCAAUCUUAGAAGUUUAUCUGAGGCCACAGGAUGUCGGAGUCAUCAUCAGAGUUCAGCUUUUCGUUGGAUCACCUGUUCUUUGACAGACCAGUGGUUCAUAAAGUGAAGCCAUUAAGUCAGGAGCAGAGUGGAGCGUGGAAGCUGGAUGCCGCACCUGAGAUUUCCGCAAUCCCACCAACUCAGGAGCUCCAGAAAGAAGCAGAAAGUCUGGCUUCCACUGCUUAUUCUCAGAAGCAGAGGAAGUUUUUGCCGCCUUUCUGUAGACUCGGUGUCGGUGCAGGACGGUGUGUCAAAGGUCAGACAGGUGAUGAAGAGCAGCCGGUGUUUGAAGUGUGGGGACCUAAAAUAUCUGCGUCUGGAUUCCGUCCCAGCACCAGUAGUCAUCAUGGCUGCCCUGUGGCAUCACAGAAACCAGCAGAAACCGGAGUUUUUCAUCCCACUGGUGGUCAACUCAAAACCAGGUUAUUCAAAACCCCCAUGAGGAAGCUCGACAGUGCUUCCAUUCCAGAAGUGAACCAUCCCAGCCUCAGUUCGGUCUCUACGUCGACUGAUUAUCCAUUUCUGCCUCCUCAGAGCGUCGCUGCUUCCUGUAGCUCUUUAGGAGAACUCGAUCCGGAGGAGGGAUGCAGCAGCACGCAACAAAUCCGCUCUGUCGUUCGCCCUCUCACUCCAAAGCCUUUUCAGAUACAAGGCGCAUCUGGACCAGAGCUCCUCCGUCCCGUGUCUGAAAUCCCGGUUAAAUUCCAGAGCGUCUUCAACGAGUUCCCAUACUUCAACUACGUGCAGUCUAAAGCACUGGAUGACGUUCUUUACAGCAGCAGGAGCUUCGUCGCCUGCGCCCCCACUGGCUCGGGGAAGACGGUGCUGUUUGAGCUUGCGAUCAUCAGAGUGCUGAUGGAAACAACGGAACCUUGGCACGACGUCAAAGCCGUCUACAUGGCUCCCAUUAAAGCUCUCUGCAGUCAGCAAUACGAAAACUGGAAGCGGAAAUUCGGGCCCCUGGGACUCAACUGCAAAGAGCUGACAGGAGACACCGAGAUCGACGACUAUUUCGAAAUCCAGGACGCCCAUCUCAUCAUGACCACACCAGAAAAGUGGGACAGCAUGACCAGGAAGUGGAGAGAUAACGUUUUACUGCACUCUGUCCGGCUCUUCCUGAUUGACGAGAUCCACGUGGUGAAAGACGUGACGCGAGGAGCCACUCUGGAGGUUGUGGUGAGCAGAAUGAAGACCAUGCAGUCGUACCGCACCGCUGAGGAUCCACACGCGAAGGCCUGCAUGAGAUUCUUAGCGGUCUCAGCCACCAUCCCAAACCUCAAGGAUAUAUCCGAGUGGCUGUCGGACGAGUCGGGUCCAGCCGCUUGUUUGGAGAUGGACGAGAGCCACAGACCGGUGAAACUGAGGAAAGUGGUGUUGGGGUUCCCGUGUGGAAACAAACAGACUGAAUUCAAGUUCGACCUGUCUCUCAACUACAAGAUGGCCAGCAUCAUUCAGACGUACUCCGAGCAGAAACCAACGCUGGUGUUUUGUUCAACAAGAAAAGGAGUUCAGCAGUCCGCUGCGGUGCUCGCCAAGGACGCCAGAUUCAUCAUGAGUAUCGAUCACAGACAGAGGUUAAUGAAAUAUGCCAACUCUAUUCUUGAUACCAAACUCAGAGAUCUGAUCAUGUGUGGUGUGGGGUAUCAUCACGCCGGCGUCAGCGUGUCGGACAGAAAACUGGUGGAGGACGCAUUCACAGUCGGCGACCUGCCUGUCCUCUUCACCACCAGCACCUUGGCGAUGGGUGUGAACCUGCCAGCUCACCUGGUGGUCAUUAAAUCCACCAUGCACUACGUGGGCGGAGCCUGUGAGGAGUACAGCGAGGCCGACAUGCUGCAGAUGAUCGGUCGAGCAGGCAGACCGCAGUUCGACACAUCGGCCACUGCUGUGAUCCUGACCCGAGCUCAGACUAGAGACAAGUACCUGCAGUUACUGAGCGGUUCAGAGACCAUUGAGAGCAGCUUGCACACAAACCUGGUCGAGCACCUGAAUGCCGAGAUCGUCCUUUACACCAUCUCCGACGUCAACAUGGCUUUAGACUGGAUUCGCUCCACGUUCCUCUACAUCCGAGCAUUGAAGAAUCCCAAACACUACGGUUUUUCUACGGAUCUCAACAAGUGUGGAAUUGAAACCAAACUACAAGAGCUUUGUUUAAGAAACCUGAAUGCGUUGGCUUCUUACAAUUUGAUCACAAUGGAUGAGGAUAUAAACAUCAAACCUAGAGAGAGUGGGAAGCUGAUGGCUCGAUAUUGUGUUGCAUUUGAUACCAUGAAGCAGUUUAUGAAGGUGACCGGUACAGAAACCAUGUCUGAACUGAUUGAUAUAAUAUCUAAGGUGAAGGAGUUCAGUGACGUCCAGCUGCGGGUCAGUGAGAAGAGAACCCUGAACAUGCUGAAUAAAGAUAAGAACAGGGUCACUAUCAGGUAUCCGAUGGAAGGAAAGAUCAAAAGCAAUGACAUGAAAGUGAACUGUUUGAUUCAGGCUCAGCUGGGCUGCAUCCCGAUCCAGGAAUUCGGACUCACGCAGGACACUGGGAAGAUUUUCAGGAGCGGAAUCAGACUUAGCAAAUGCCUAGUGGAGUUUCUCGCUCAGCACUCCAAGAAGAAUUUUUCAGCCCGACUCAAUGCCGUGAUUCUGGCCAAGUGCUUCAGAGCCAAACUGUGGGAGGAUUCGCCCUAUAUCUCCAAACAGCUGGACAGGAUUGGUUUAUCUCUGGCUAAUGCAAUGGUGAAUGCUGGACUGACUACAUUCAGCAAGAUUGAAGCCAUCAAUGCUCGAGAACUGGAGCUGAUUGUGAACCGACAUCCACCGUUUGGAAACCAGAUCAAAGAAGCUGUCAGCAGACUCCCAAAAUAUGAAGUUAGUCUUGAACAGCUUCCUCGUUACAGUGUCUCCUCGGCUGAGAUCGUGAUCACUGUAAACCUGAAGAACUUUACACAGCUGAUGGCGAAAAGGACCGCACCGGACCAUCAUUAUGUCACACUCUUAAUCGGAGACUGUGACAACAAUGUCGUCUUCCAACAGAAGAUCUCAGACAAUUUACUGCUGAAGUCUGGAAGCUGGUCAAGGAGGAUCGAGGUGACGAGAACGCCUGCUGGAGACGAGAUCAGCAUCAACUUAAUCAGCUCCGAGUACGUGGGACUGGACAUUCAGCAGAAAUUCAGUGCCUUCUACUCAGGAGCAAAGACGUUUAGAGCUGAGUCGUAUGAAGUGGAGAGUCCAGCGUUUAUAAGGACCUCAAGAGGAGCUCUACAGAAGAGCAACAUCACAGAGAAACCUGCUACACCACACGCAACCACAGUACAGAGAGAUCGCUUUAAAACAGAUACUGCUGAGACAGAUCUUAGCAAACGACAGUGUCACCACUACUGUAGAAACAAACAGCUCUGUGGUCACGAAUGCUGUAAAUCCAGUGUACAGAAAAGGCUCAUAAGUCAAGAGCCCACGUUCACAUCAUAUCUCCAAGAUUUAAAGACGAGAAACGAGAAGCUCAUGGAGACCCCGGUCAAGCGCUUAAAGUUGAGGAUGAAAAGAGAGACAGAGGCCCUGAACAUGCAGCAGUUCUCCUACACGCCUAAAGAAGCGAUGCCGGCUGCUAAAUGGAUUCAGAAACCCCCCCCUACACCUCAGCCGCAGGUGUAUUUUGAGCCGAGUCACGAUGAAUGUGACGAGACCACUGAAGACUUUUAUUGUGAAAUAGAUGACUCCGUGGACGAGCAGGCCUUUCAGACUUACACUAACACGAGCAGUCCUAAAGUUUCCGUGAGGAGAGAAGGCACGACCCCGGCGCUGAGCAGGAUCCCUCAAGACGAAGUCUCCGUCUCACUCGCAGACCCCGGCACUCACGUAGGCGCCCUGAACGUGACCUUUGACCUGGCACUGGACGACUGGGACGAUUUCAGUGACGAUCAGUUCAUGAUAGCGUGUGAGGAGUCGUACCAUCAGGGGCGUGGCUCUCCUCAGACGACAGACGGUUUAGUUUCAGUUCCUCCCGUCUGUGUGGAAGCUGAAGGAGGGUCACUGAGAGCUCAAAAACCAUCAAGGGUUGGACGUGCGUCUCUGGCACCGCGAAAUAUCGCAAAAGUGAAUUUAACUACAAAGAGAGCGUAUCCAGAAUUUUCUGUCGGCUCAGAGAAAUGUCCGCUCACGAAACCGAAUGAAAACGUCUCGCUGAACUUUAUCACACAAGGAGCUGGAGCAGGCGACGAGCGCGGAGGCACCGGCAGGGCUGAGAAUCGUAACGACACUGAGGUCGACAUGUUCUUUGGGAUAUUUGAUGGAAUUUUCUAGACUAGUCUUGUGGUUCUUGGUAAAGUUUAUUUUCUUAAACAGAACAAUUGUUCAGGAAUUACUUCAUUAAUUCAGUCAUUUGUUUAUUGUUAUGAAUGUUCUACAAUAAUAUAGACAUACACAGUUAUUUAUACACUGAAAAUUAUUUCUCAUGUAUUUAUGAGCUUGUCUGUCUUGAGUUGAGUCGUUGGUUAUAAUCGAUUCAUUUAUUUAUCUAGUAACUGUUUAUCCUAGGUGUUGUGAGCUCAGGAUUGUCAUG